AUGUCAAUGCUUCCCAGAUGGUACUUGUCAAGGCUCAUUCAAAAACCUCUGAACAGGCGAUACAUAUUUGGAAGUAGCUCAAAUGACUUCAAUGCAAAUGAGAUGUUGAGCGACGGCAGCGAUAUUAAAGCUUCUAAGUUAAAUGUUUGA